AUGAAGCCAGUGGCAUUAACCUGCCAGGAGCUUACUCGCAUUCCAGCCAAGAGAGGCCAAAUCCCGAGACCAGAAACAGCACGAAAUUGGCCCCACCUCUUACCCAUUGCAAAUCAUCUAAUGCCUUAUAGAGAAGAUGUUGAAGUUGGACUGCUCAUAGGAGCCAACUGUGCACGUGCCAUCAAACCGACAGAGGUGAUACCUGGAAGGCAAGAUGAUCCCUACGCAAAGAAGACUGCACUAGGAUGGGGUGUCAUCGGUGUCGUUAAUCCAACCAAGAUUGAAGAAGAUGACAACCACUGUUCUUGUCACCGCAUCGCGUCCCUAGAAGUUCGUCCCAGCAAUGGAAAAAGAAUGUGUCAUUUCGCUCUCAAGACUCAGGCAAAGGAAGUAUUCACACCUGCGCAAUUGAUCAAAACAUUGGAGCGUAAUUUCAAUGAAACGUCAAGAGAAGAACAACCUGUAUCGUUCCUGGAUAGAAAAUUCCUUAACGUCUUGGAGUCUAACAUCCGACACCGAGACGAUGGCCACUACGAAGUUCCCUUGCCACUGAAAGAAGAAGGGUUAAAGUUACCCAACAAUCUCACACUGGCGUUAAGUCGCCUUGGAAGGCUCAAAAAAAGGCUGAAGAGAGACAGAAAGUAUCGAGAACACUACGAAGCCUUCAUGAAGGAGAUGAUUGAUAAGGGACAGGCUGAGAGAGUUCCCGACGAGGAACUACACCUCUCUAACGGUCGCGUUUGGUACAUACCGCAUCACGGUGUCUACCACCCCCAGAAACCAGACAAGAUCCGAGUCGUCUUCGACGCCAGUGCAGAGUACAAGGGAGAGUCGCUUAACAGACACCUUUUACAGGGUCCUGAUCUGACCAACAGUCUUAACGGAGUCCUCUGCCGCUUUCGUAAAGAACCCAUCGCUUUCACCUGUGACGUAGAAGGAAUGUUUCAUCAAGUGUACGUCAAUCCCGACUAUCGAAAUCUCCUCAGAUUUCUCUGGUGGAAUGAUGGAAAUAUAGACAGCAAACCGACCGAGUUCAGAAUGACAGUUCAUCUGUUUGGCGCUACGUCAUCCCCAGGGUGUGCGAAUUUCACACUGAAAAGAACUGCAGACGACUUUGAGGAGUUGUUUGGAAGCGAGCCAGCCAAAUUUGUCAAAGAUGAUUUCUACGUGGAUGACGGACUGAAAUCAGUUUCAACAGCCAUUCAAGCCUCAGCCCUUAUAAGGAAUACAAAGAGUUUGCUUGCCAAAGGAGGCUUCAACCUCCACAAGUUCAUAUCUAACAGCAAGGAAGUGAUUGAAACCAUUCCCAAAGAGCAACGAGCAAGCGGUAUCAAGGAGCUAGAUUUCAGCAGGGAUAUUCUCCCUAUUGAAGGAGCCUUAGGAGUGCAGUGGUGUGUGCAGUCAGAUGCCCUCCAAUUCCGCGUGGUACUCAAGGACAAACCAUUGACUAGAAGAGGGAUUCUUGCCUCCAUCAGUUCGAUCUACGACCCUCUGGGCCUGGCAGCUCCCUUUCUGCUUAAAGGAAAACAGAUCCUUCAAGAUCUUUGUAAGACUCAAGCUGCUUGGGACGAGACGGUGCCUGAUGACAUUCGAGCAAAAUGGGAAAAAUGGAGAGGAGAGUUGCACGAAUUAGCUGAGUUAAAGAUCCGUCGUUGCUACAAACCAGACAACUUUGGUGAAGUCAAUUACCCGUUAAAGCCAGUCACCGUGCCCCGACUGGAGCUCACCGCUGCCGUGGUGUCCACGAAAAUCAGCUCCUUCCUACUGAAAGAACUAAGCUAUGAAGACAUCCACGAGUUCUUCUGGACCGACAGUAAAGUUAUCCUCGGCUACAUUUCAAAUGAAGCAAGGCGCUUUCAUACAUUUGUCGCUAACCUAGUGCAAGCAAUUCGAGAUCAUGCAUCCCCUGAUCAGUGGCACUACGUUGAUACCAAAGAGAACCCAGCCGACGACGCCUCACGAGGUCUUGGAGCUAAAGAACUGAUAACAAGCAACAAAUGGUGGAACGGACCGAACUUCCUGUGGAGACCACUGCCAGAUAAGCCCCACUUUGAUCCUCAAGUAUCUCCAGAUGACCCCGAGGUUAGGAAGGUUACAGUACUGGCAACUAAAUCCAUUGAACACCCAACCCUAUUGGACCGCAUUGAGUACUUCUCAGACUGGUACCGCGCGAAAAGAGCAAUUGCUGUCUGCCUGUUGUUCAUACACAGAAUGAAACUUCACGUAAAGAAAGAUCGAGACAACUCCGUCAGUGACAAAGGCAACCCACUGCACGAAGACAACAAACGAAAACGGCAAGAUCAGUCCUCCAAGUUUGUUACGCCAAGGGUAAAGGAUCUCCAGAGAGCCGAGCUGUUGCUGAUCAAAGCUAUACAGUACAAGGAGUUCCCAAGAGAAAUCGAAGCCUUAGCGAACAAGUCACACAAAGGUGAAAUAAACGCUAAGUCAGUAAAGAGGACAAGCCCUGUACAUCGCCUCAAACCAGUCCUAGAUGACAACGGUGUUCUAAGAGUUGGAGGACGACUUCCUCAAGCCGACCUAUCAUAUGCUGUAAAGCAUCCUGUCUUGCUUCCGAAGAAGGUGCACCUUACAAACCUGAUAAUCUGA